CAUUGCUAUAUCAACUGAUAAUAUUCCUUCUUCACCUAUUUCAGUUAUUUAUCAAUAUAUUUGUCAAAAAUCUUAUCAUUACACUUGUUUAACACCUGAAGUUGCUGAAACUUCUACAUCAACUGGUAUCUAUGCAACAUCUUCAACCUUUCCAAUAGAUUAUGCUGCAACUAGAAAAAAUCUUUUAACAACAUUCCAACAAAACCAAACAUAUCUUCUUAUUCCUUCUAAUACUCCAACAACAGCUUUACCUAUUACUCAAUUAGAAAUCACAUGUCCUACUUUAACA